AUGUGCGAGGUUACGGCCUUGGGCUUGACUAUGUCGGCAACCGUGCUCUGGGCGGCCGAGUGGACGUCAUGCCGAAACCUCGAAGACCAGGACCUAGCUAACUCGGCCGAUCUAGCCUGGGCCUCGACAAUCUGGACAGUGGAUGGUACUGAGCACCACGGCGCCGAGGCCUGGUGGGCUGCAACGGGCUCGGCGCGGCCCCAUCGUCAGCCUCGCCUUCCUGUCGUCGAUGCCGUCUGCCGUCUCCGGCCCCGUCAUCGCCCGGAGCCUGAUCGUCAACACGGCCGAGGGGUGGCGGCGGAGCUUCUACAUGGGGCAUCAUGCCCAGCCCCGCCGACCUCCGCGCUCUACUGCUUCCUCUGCCAUCCGCCCACGUCUGACCAGCUGCACGUCGGCACCACACCCGUCAGGCAGACGAGGAAGCUGGACUGGAUCGGCAUCCUCCUGCACCUGUCUGGGCGCGUGUCCUUCCUCAUCGGGCUGUCCUGGGGCGGCGGCACGUAUCCCUGGUCCAGCGCUCGGGUCCUGUGCUCGCUGGUCAUCGGUAUCGCCACCGUCGCCUUCGUCACCUCCACGGUGUCGCUCUCGGCCGACAGGUGGGCCGCCGCCGUGGCCUUGGGCGUCGUGGCCUGCACGGCCGUCGGCUGCCUCGGGAACAUAUCCUACCCGGGCGUCACCCUGAUCUGGGAGCCGCAGGACAUCGGCCUGGCCACGGGCGUCCUGGGAUCCAUCCGCGGACUGGGAGGGGCCGUGGCCCAGGCCCUCUACUCCUCCGUGCCGUUGCCGCGGGCGGGGCCGACUUUUUCGUCCGUCCCCGGCAUCACGGACAGCAUCGUCGCCGCCGUGGGACAGGCCAUGAUCAGGGCAAGCGCCGGGUCCUUCGAGAUGGUCUUCUACGCUGCCAUCCCGUCCUCCGUUACUGUCCUCGUGGGAGCCUGCCUCGUGCCCAACUUUGAAAAGUAUCUCACUCAGGAGGUUACAGGACAACCAGUUCAGCAAGGAUCGCUCUUCUUCUGUGUAGAAACAUAA